CAAAGUCUGAUCCAAUUUGCUAUUCGCGCGUGUCUUGACCUCUACUUUAAGUCCUUUAAGUCCUGAAAAGUUUGUAAUCGUUAGCCUUUGGCGUCUUAUUUCGGCAGGGGCUUGCCUAAAUAUGUUCUGUAGGUUGUGGAAUAAUUUACACUUAAGACAUGAUUAGUAAGAUGCUAUAUCAUCAUCAGGGCAGCAUGUUGAAUGUACAGUAAAUACGUUCAUGGCAGGUGCAGUCCUUUUUCGGCACAACUGUUCCCGCCGUCAGGUGUUAAGCUAAACAUCAGAAAUGGAGCGGACGACUACCGUUAUGUGCUGUUAGAUUUUUGUCUGAACAUUGCAGUCUAUGAAUAAUUUUGAAUGGAAAAUGGCCCAGGGACUGGUGUCGCCUCCAGGCAGCACAGGCAGGAGUCCUUUGAACAAGCGCCCAUCUACGUGGCUGUCAUGACAUACCUGGGCUUUGGCAUUGUCACCUUGUUUGGCUACCUCAGAGAUUUCCUCAGAGCUGUGGGCUUAGAGAAGUGCCACCUCGCCCAGGAAAGAGAGGAACAGAAGGAUUUUGUACCACUUUAUCAAGAUUUUGAGAACUUUUACACUCGAAACCUGUACAUGAGGGUACGAGACAACUGGAACCGUCCCAUAUGCAGCCUACCAGGACCUGUCUUUGACCUGAUGGAGAGGGUGUCUGAUGACUACAACUGGACAUUCAGGUUAACUGGCAGGACAAUACACAAUGUCAUCAACAUGGGCUCCUACAACUACCUCGGUUUUGCUGAGAACAACGCUGAUUUCCUGAAAACUGUGGCAGACAAAACGCGCCAGUAUGGGGUUGGUGUUUGCAGCACAAGGCAGGAAAUAGGUAACCUGAGCAUCCAUGAAGAGCUGGAGCAACUUGUGGCCGAUUUCCUUGGAGUAGAGUCCUCCAUGGCUUUUGGGAUGGGUUUCGCCGCAAACUCAAUGAACAUUCCAGCAAUUGUUGGCAAGGGUUGUUUGAUUCUUAGCGAUGAGCUCAAUCACACAUCUCUCAUCUUAGGGGCCAGACUGUCAGGAGCGACUAUCCGGGUGUUCAAACACAACAACAUGCACAGUCUGGAGAAGCUGUUAAGAGAGGCAGUUUGCUCAGGCCAGCCUCGGACCCACAGGCCCUGGAGGAAGAUCCUCAUCAUGGUGGAAGGCAUCUAUAGCAUGGAGGGCUCAGUGGUGCAACUUCCUGAGAUCAUCACUCUGAAGAAGAAGUAUAAAGCGUAUCUGUACCUGGAUGAGGCCCACAGUAUCGGGGCUGUGGGACGAUCAGGGAGGGGCGUGACUGAGCUGUUUGAUGUGAACCCAGCUGAUGUGGACGUGAUGAUGGGUACCUUCACCAAGAGCUUUGGGGCUGCUGGAGGCUAUAUCGCAGGGAAAAAGGAGCUGGUGGACUACCUGCGUAUUCAUUCUCACAGUGCAGUAUACGCCUCGGCCAUGUCCCCUCCUGUCACUGAGCAGAUCAUACGUGCCAUGAGGUGCAUCAUGGGAAAAGACGGGAGCACAGAGGGCAUUAGACGAAUCUGCCAACUGGCAGAGAACACCAGAUACUUCAGGGCCAGACUGAAGGAGAUGGGCUUCAUCAUCUAUGGCAAUGAUGACUCACCUGUGGUUCCAAUCCUGCUCUACAUGCCAGGCAAAGUGGUGGCUUUCGCUCGAGAAAUGCUAGAGAGAAAAAUUGGUGUAGUGGUGGUCGGCUUUCCAGCCACGCCGAUUACAGAGGCCCGAGCUCGCUUCUGUCUGUCUGCAGCACAUACCAGAGCCAUGCUGAACCAGGUGCUGCAUCAUCUGAACGAGGUGGGAGACGCUCUCUGUCUGAAGUUCUCACGGCGGAACUAUUCCGCUUGGGCUGACCUCUAUGAUGAGACAGACUCUGAGCGGGGCAGCUGAUAUGACCCUUGACACCUUCAUUUCACAGUGUCAAAACUAAGUCUAAGUGUCCACGCCACAGCAGACCCAUAAAGGGACAAUGUAGAGUAACACCCAUGUCUCACAUACGAAGAGGGGCCAAAACUGCUUUGUAUAUGUUUGUAAAACAUUGUGAUUUAACAGAACACGCAUUUGUGCUUCUUAACAAGAGAAACUAUAUGAACUCUUGAAAUAUUUGUGAAUACAUACAUGAAAUUAGUGCACAUGCAUUGCUGGAUUGGUUUCAAACUCGAAUACUGUGUAAAAUUCACAGAGACAAAUCACAUUCAGUUUUGAAGUUCAGUUUCUCUGCACUCACAUUUGAAGACAGUGAAGAUGUUUAGAGCAAAAGAGGGCCUUUUUACACCGUUAUUCUAAGUUCACAGUUAUACUCAUGUCUAAUUUUAGACAUUGAAAACAUUUUAUGGAAGCAUUUUUUGCUACUCAUAAAUAAAUGUCAGCCACCAUUUAUUAAAAAUGCUGGUGGUAGUUAUUAUUAGAGAAUGAUGCACAGUCUCUAAGGAGUCCCAUUUCCUUCCUUAACAUGAAAUAGUAGUUAUAAGUAACGGGAAAGGCAUUUGUAGUUUGAAAUUGCAUUGCUGUCUACUGAUUUUUAUUGUUUUUCAAUAAAAUGCAAAUACCGCACAUGAAAA